CCAACAUUCCGCGUAGUACCGCUAGCAUGUCUCUCCUUAGGAGCCCGGCCGCAAGACAAUUAUCACGAUUACAGGUCUCUCAUCGCUGCUUCUCCAUCAAGGCACAAAGGGCGGCCAAGUACCUUUCUGACCAGUUGGGCGUACCUGUCUCGAGCUCAUCAGCAUCAACAUCAUCAAGUCCCCGUGACGGUCUUGCCAUCCUCCUCCACGCCGACAGACGAGCGCAGCGUGUCGGUCCUGAUUCGACAACCUUUUUCGGCCCCACACUCGUUGCUGUUUCCACCUCACGCCUCUCCAACACUCCAUCAAACCAGCGAUUCGGCGAAGGCGAUCUAGGCUUGUUAGCCCUAUCCCAAGCCCCUGGGUUCGGCGCGAAACAAGCCAUACAAGGGCACAAAGGUGACAUGCUGCAGCCGAGCUCUGUACUCUGUCUGCUGGAAAGGGAGGAAAUCGAUGACGCCCUCAAGAGCGAGAAGAGCAAGAAAGCAGUCGCGGAGAUGUUGGUCAAGUUGUGGCAGGUCUUCAAGAGAGGGGAGGGAAUCUGGUUUACAUGCGUUGUGCACGAAGAAGCAGAGGGCGUUAUCGAUGUCUCAUCUCCCUACCUCGAGUUCGACGACUACGCAGUGCAUCGCAUGCCUGAAGACCUCCAAGAGUUGCACAAGGCUCAAGAGGAGGAGAGGGAACCCAAUUCCGCACAGGCAUCCGAUGGCGGUCUCUUCUAUAUCAAAUUGCACAACGGCGGGAACAUCGGCUCCUUUGGGUAUGGAGCGGGCAAUGCCAUGGCGACAAUGGAUGGGCUGGCGCUCGCAGGGGGCAAGCCUGCCAACUUCUUGGACGGAGGCGGUGGCGCGAACCGCAAGAACUCCGAACUAGCUAUCGAGACGCUCAAUCGUGAUCCUGAUGUCAAAGCCAUCUUCGUCAACACUUUCGGAGGCAUCACGCAGACCGACGUCGUUGCCGACGGCAUAAUAGACGCCAUUCGGGCGAACGACAUGAAGCAGCCCAUCGUGGUACGGGUGAUGGGUACUGGUGCUGACGAGGCGAAGAGAAAGCUUCGCGAGUCAGGCCUCAAGAUCACCAUCGAGGACGAUUUCAAGGCCGCGGCGAGGUUGGCGGUCGAGCAGGCUGAGCAGGCGGAGAAGGGCGAGUUGUAGGUUGCGACGAUACCAUGACGACUUUUUCAAAGUGCAAGGUUGUUCAAAUCCCAAGUGUCAUUGUUAC